GUGAGUGGUCUUGUUUACACACACAGCUGCUGGUGGCCUGGAUGGCGCACCUCACGUGCGCUCACACAUUUUUCUUCCCUUCAUUUUUGUUUGCAAGUCUUGCUUGCUACAAGCAAGUCCUGGUGACUGGACACACACCCGUGACGAUUUUAAUAAUGAGAGCAGUUGCGUGAGGAGACAGCCUAAGACAACUACUGUAUUGUCUGAUGGACAUGGAGGGCCAGCAGAAACUCUACUUGUUCUUAGGAUUUGCUCUCUUCGUGUCUGUUAUUUAUUGGUCUUCACCUUACCGCACACAUACUGAUCUUUCUCAGGCUAAACAGACACAGUUUCCAAAUUUUGUCUUCAUUUUGACGGAUGACCAAGAUGUGGUUCUCAAUGGUAUGAUUCCCAUGAGCAAUGUGAUGAAACUCAUUGGGAACCAUGGGGUCACUCUAUCUAAUGCCUAUGUUGCCAGUCCUCUCUGCUGCCCUAGCAGGGCAAGCAUUUUGACUGGUCAGUAUGUUCACAACCAUGGUACCAUCAACAACUCUAUUAGUGGACAGUGUAGUGGUGUUAGAUGGCAGGAAGGGCCUGAGAAAAAGACUUUUGCAGCUCACAUGCAUCAUAAUGGCUACAGAACAUUCUUUGCUGGAAAAUACCUUAAUCAGUAUGGUAAAACUAACAUUGGUGGACUUAAUCACAUCCCACCAGGGUGGGAUUGGUGGAUAGGCUUAAAAGGAAAUUCACGAUAUUACAACUACACCCUCUCCAUAAAUGGGACUCCUGAAAAACAUGGCUCAGAUCCUAGUAAAGAUUACCUAACUAACAUUGUCAGACAAAGAGCAUUUGAUUUUUUAAACCUGUCUUCCUUUUCUAAACCAUUUUUUAUGAUGUUGUCAGUACCUGCUUCACAUGCACCAUUUACUCCAGAGCCAAAAUAUUCCAAAAAUUAUACCUCAUUAAAGGCACCAAGAACAAAAAGUUUUAACAUUAAAGCAGGGUUAGGCAAGCACUGGCUCUUAAGGCAAGGAGUUCAACCUUUGCCCAAUAAUAUUAUUGAAAAAGUUGAUGAUGCUUUCAGAAAUAGACUGAGAACAUUACUGACUGUUGAUGACAUGGUACAGGAUGUUAUACAAUAUUUAGAAUUAAAACAUCAGCUUGAAAAUACUUAUGUUGUGUUUACAUCUGACAAUGGAUACCAUCUAGGACAGUUUUCUUUACCAGUUGACAAGCGAGAGCCAUAUGAAACUGAUAUACGAGUGCCCUUCCUAAUUCGGGGUCCCAAUGUACCUGAAGGAAAAAUAAUUAAUUUUCCAACUUCCAAUAUUGACCUUGCUCCUACAUUUUUGGACUUAGCAGGCUUGCAGAUACCCAAGUACAUGGAUGGCAUAUCCCUUAAGCCAAUAAUAACUGUAGAAAGUACAAAUUCUAUUGCUGUAGAUGAUAAUGACAUACCUGUAGAUAAAAAGGAGCAUUCCAUAGGAAAAUAUAAUUUUAGUAAUUUUAAAAAAUACAGAGAAUUACGUCGAACACUUCUGGUAGAGCACUCUGGUGAGGGAAGAGUUGUAAAUGAGGGGUGUGAAUAUAUCCCUUCAGGUAUGAAUGGAUGUAAUCCUAAUUAUGCAUGUAAAUGUGAAGACUCUUCAAACAACACAUAUUCCUGCUUGAGACAGAUUAGCGAUGGGGAAAAUAGAUUAUUUUGUAAAUGGGAUGACGAUGAGGCCUUUGAGGAAAUGUAUGACUUGGAUAAGGAUCCUUGGCAACUAAAUAACACAGUCAAGUCUUUAACCAAAAAUGUUCACAAAAAGUUAAGAAAUCUUUUGAGGAACAUGCAGAGAUGUAGAGGUUCAAGGUGUAUCGACUUGGCUAGUUUUGUUGUUUAAGGUGUAAAAAAUAAGCAUCUGAUAUCUCCACUUGACUUAUGCCAUCAGUGUCAGUGGUUAAAUUAAUAAGCAUAGACUUAAUGGAGUUUUAACUUUCAUGAUUGAAAUCCUUACUUAAAUAGCUCAUGUAUGGUACAAGUUUACCUGUCUUUGAUGCUUGGCAUCCAAGCUUCUCCAGAGGUUGCAAAGUUCUACACAUUAAUUCAUUUGAUACAUUAGGAUUCUCUAAUAGUGCAUCUUUGUUGUCAGAAAACAUAACAAUCAUCAGGCACUCCCUUUUAGGUGCUUCUUGAAUAAUUAGUUUAGUUAUGAUAGAGUUAUUCUUAGAGGAAGGUGCCUUCAUGUUGAUUGAUGAAGGUGCUUAUGACCUUUAUGGAUUUAGCACUUCCUAUGACUCUUUUUAACAGUUUUGGUAAAUAAAAGGACACAAGUGCAACUAAUGUGACAUUUUAUUGUGGCAACAUUUCAUUUUCCAGGAACGUUGUCAAGCUGUAAUAGUUUGACAAAGCUGCUGGAGAGCGAAACAUUGCCACAAUAAAAUGUCACAUCAGUUGCAUUUGUAUCCUUUUACCUAACAUAUUGUCAGUAAUUCUACCAACAUUAAUAUAGUUUUGGUAAAGGCACUUACCUCUUUCUCCUUGGUAUCAUUUAUUCAAAGUGUCAGUGAUCAUGUAAGUACUGUAUAGGUGCAGUUGAAUGUGGUCAUCAUACAGUGUACAAUAUUUUUCAUUCAUUAAAGACUUUACACUGAGUUCUCAGCUUCAUGAAAGAAUUAUACAUCCAAAAUAUGUUUUUUAAAAUACAUCAAAAGUUUUGGCUGGUGAUACUAGGUGAUGUGCUCUUAUUUUCAUUAUGUUGACUGCGAGAUAAGAAACAGAAACUGGCAUAUGUUGCGGUAAUUUUUUUUACCCUGUUGUGAAGUCUAAACUUCAGGACUUUGUAUUGUACAUUGGUGUUGCAUUCCCUAGUAAGGGGUUCAAACCCCUAGGAUAUUGUGUUACAUAUUAGGUUCUUAUUCCCUAGUAAGAAGUUGAAAUUCGAAGGGCAAUAUUACACAUUGAUCAUCUCUACUGUUCUGAUUUGUUGUUAUUAUAAUAAUAGUAACAGUGCAAGUUUUAAGAUUAUUAUAGACUGUUCACUUUUGCAGGAACCUUUACUUAGUGAAGGUGGUUCCAGGAUUCUGAUGCAGAAUCUUCAUUUGCUAGAUUUAUUUUUUAAGAGACCACAAUGCAACAAAUGAAGCAAAUUUCAGAAAACUAACAAAUGGAUGAGAACUUUCAGAAUCAAAAUAGAACAGAGUGAUGGUACUAUCAAAUAAUCUGUGCUUUCACAUGUAAAACACUACUAUGUGAUCACAACUCUAUUCAGGAUGGGUGGAGGUAACAGAGCUAGAAGAUGUAGAGAUCAUUUACUUUCUGCAUAGCAUCAAUAAAGUAUUUAAGCUACUUAGAAUGUACCCUGUGCAGUGAAGAAGUGAUAGAUCCCUGAUAAUAAAUGCCUGGAAGAUAUUGGAUGGUCAGGUCCCCAGUCUACAUUACUACUGUAGCAACUUAGUGAAAGCAGGGGUUCCAUAGGCACAGUAAGGAAAUGUGUCAACAUAUGUGACCCUAGACUGCUCAACCUGCUGCCCACAGAUAACAAAUAUUGCUGGAACAGAUGUAGUUAUAGUCUUCAAGAUGAAAUGGGACCACUACCCCUACUAGGUGUCAGUGGGCCACUAACAGCAGCAGCCUGGUUAAAUUGGCACUCAAAAAGUAAGCUUAUCCAAAGACUGGGCCUGUAAGAAGCUCCCAAUAUUGAUCACCAGUAUAUCAGAGGUGAUAUUUUAAGUGUCCAGUGGUAGAGUUGCAGCCAACUAGCUUGAGGCUGCACGGAAACUUAAGAAAAUGUUUUAAUAAACAGUUACUUUAAAUUGGGGUAAUUGAAGUAAAUAAAGUGCCUCUUAAAGUGGAUUAGCAAGCCCUCUUGAGGAUGGAACCAGUAAACCAGGUGCCACUUGGUACUUCCUGGUAUAGUUGUAUUUUUCGUAAAUUUUUAUUCACUUUGUUUUCAUUAUGCAUAAAAGGCAGGCUUUUGCAUUUUAUUAUUUUUGGCUGCAAAUAAUUAUAUAUCUAUACAGUGGA